UCAAAUUGGGCCCUUGGGAAGGAAGAGAUACAGAAACAAACCCUAGAUCCCAUCGUUAUAUAAAUUGCUGCAUAACCCUAAUUUCCUCUCAGUUUCUCGUUUCAGCCGGCAAAAAUGUCGAAGCGAGGGCGCGGAGGUUCUGCAGGUAACAAGUUUAGGAUGUCACUGGGUCUGCCGGUAGCGGCGACAGUGAACUGUGCCGACAACACUGGAGCUAAGAACCUGUACAUCAUCUCAGUGAAGGGUAUCAAGGGCCGUUUGAACAGGUUGCCAUCGGCUUGUGUUGGAGACAUGGUUAUGGCCACUGUCAAAAAGGGGAAGCCCGAUCUCCGGAAGAAGGUCCUUCCUGCUGUCAUUGUUAGGCAGCGCAAGCCAUGGAGGCGAAAGGAUGGAGUUUUCAUGUACUUCGAAGAUAAUGCUGGAGUGAUUGUGAACCCGAAAGGAGAAAUGAAAGGUUCGGCAAUUACGGGUCCUAUUGGAAAGGAGUGUGCGGAUCUAUGGCCUAGGAUUGCAAGUGCAGCCAAUGCUAUCGUUUAAUUUUGUUUCAAAUUUUCAAUCUUCUCGAUUCUGUGGUCAGUUGUAAUCAUUUUUGACAUCCUAGUGUUUCUUAUAGUACUAAUUUAUUACCUCUUUGGAUGGUAUCUUUCUAAAACAAUGAAUUGGAUGUUGAGUUGAUAAGAAAUUUUUAGAAUUUGUCGUGAAUGUUUCCAACAGUUCA